AAAUUUCGUUUCUUUUUUUUGGUUGAAGUGUAGGUGAAAAUACCUAACUAAACUGCAAAACCUCAAAACAGUGAAAUAUCACAUGUGGGUUCUGGUCAAAAAGGAUUGAAAUAGACCCCAAAAGGAGGGGAAAGAACAAAGAGAAACCACUCCUAAUGAAUUCUUGAAAAGUACCAUUCAGUAUUUUCUAGAUUUUAUCCAAUCCCACUUGGCUCUGGGAUCCAUUUUGGGGUUUUUCUUGAAAUUCAAAACCAGAAAAGUGAUUCUGAAUGCACUUUGUCUGAUUCUCCCCACCAUUUUCCACCACCCCAUUAACUCCCUGUACUCUAGCAUUCACAAGCUUCUGUCUUCUUAUUUUCUUUACCAAAACCCUUGCUUUCUUUACUCUUCGUUUUCUUUGAAGGCAUGUGAAAUGAGAGAAAUGGAGUGUGAAAACUAGGAAAAAAUUGUUUGUGAUUGAAAAGGGUGUGUGUGUUUAUUUGUUUUUUCUUGAAUCUUUUCCUUCUCCUCGACUGGAUUUCGUUUGUUGCUGAAGAUUAUUUUCUACUGGAGUGUUUCUUGAAAUGGGUGGUGAACACCCGGCGUGGCUGCCCGUGGAUUGGAAAGUUUGUGUAAAAAAUCGGAGUUUUGGGAGAAAAGAUAAGUAUUAUAUCAAUCCAUUAAACGGCCUCAAAUUCAACUCCAAGCUGGAGGUGCUUCGGUACCUCAAGAAUGCUGGUAAAGAUCAGAAACUCAAGCAGCUGAAUGAGAUCGGCAUCAAAAAGACUGUUGCAGAAAAAUUACCUCCAGGUUGGAUUAAGGAGAUCAGGACCAAAAGGAAGGGUGGCAAAACCAGGAGAGAUCCGUACUACAUCGAUCCUGUUAGUGGACGUCACUUCCGCUCUAUGCAAGAAGUUUUCCGGUUCCUUGAAAGUACGGAUUCAGGAAAAGACGAGUCGAAGGUUGAUAAUCAAGGUCACGCCAGUGAGGAGUUGGGAGAAAAUUUGAAAUCUGCAAUUGCUGGAGCUAAAGGACAGAGGUCAAUCAACAAGAAAGUGGAUAAAAUUGUCAAUGAUGUGGCAGAAGCCAACUAUGUGGAGCAACGAGCAAGAGAAGAUGAUUCCAUGGCCGAGGAUCUCCUGGAUAAGCUGCCACAAGAAAAUGGAAAGAAAAAGCAUGAAAGGAGACCAAGCCGAAAUAAGAGAUUGGCUGACAGUAAACUGAGAAAUAAUAUCAUCAAUGAUCACUCCUUCCAAUCAGACUCACAAGGUGCUGCAGUUAAUAAUAAUAAUACACUGGCAGAAGCUCGACAUAAUGAAAACAUGUUGCAGCAAACUAAGGGAAAGAAAUCGAACAGCAAAUGGGCAAAUGACUUACCUCGCAGGUCCUCAAAAAGACUUGCUCGUCCAGAAGCUGAUCAGUUGCUGGAAAGAAAAACCAGCAAACAGGCUACAGAACAAGCUUCACUGUCCGGUGAGGCAGAGACUGUCACCUCUGGGAGUUUUGGUAAUUCCUAUGAACCAAACAAGCAUCGCAUGAAAGACAGAACAGAAACUCCAACCAACAAUAAGCAGAAAGAAUCUGCUGAUUUACUGCUUGGUGAUCAUGCUUCUGUUCUUGAAGAGCGUGAAGACAUUGCCGGAGACUUUAAAGAAGAUGGAAAGCACGAAACGAAUCUUGACUCCUCUUUGAAUGAUCUAUUAAUGGAUCCAUGCAUCGAGUUUGCAGUCAAAACUCUUACCGGUGCAGUUCCUAUUGAAGAAGUGAACAAAGUUGAUGACAGUCCAGUUUCUUCUUUGGCUUCACCUAAUCAAACUUCAGGUUCCUCUUCUCUGUUGCCUUCUGUCGAUAUUUGGGCGGACCCUUGUUUUGAAUUUGCCGUUAAGACGCUCACCGGUGAAAUUCCUUUUGAGAAUAGUUCACAUUUUCAGAAUUCAUUACAGCAGCCUCAGAGCUCAUCAGGAGCAAGUGGCUGUAAUAGUCUAGACAACUCUUACUCAUCCAGUUAUUCAUUUUGCCAAUUUGAUGUUAUAAUGAACCAGCAACUGGGCGUAAAAGAAUCUUCUUUAUCUCAUCCUAUGAAUGGUAGCUCACAGGAUUUCGUCGACAUGAGCCUUCACCGUGGCGUCGAAGGGCGAAAGGGGAAAUGUUUGUAAGAAAGUUUACCUACUUAGGAAUUAUGACAGAUGUUUUAUCUUGGUCUCUUGGUGUAAAACCAGUUCUGGGCUGCAAUUGUACGCUAGAUUUUUAAGUCAUCUUGUGACUCUCUGCAGGAGCUAGUUGCACUUCCCCAAGCGUUGUGAAAUUGUAAUGUGGAAUCUGGAUCUUCUAAAUUUUUAGACAACUUAUUUUCAACUUAAGUUUCA